CCAUCGAAGCAAGGUGCAGCAGGCCGCGAGAGUGCAGAAGAAAAUCAAAAUAAAAGUUCAAUCAUAUCCGAGGGGAAAAGUGAAAUUUUUUGCACAACAGCUUGACUCAAAAAAGUAAUCAAGCACGGUUGUGAAGGCGGUCUUGUUCUGCGCAGCUGGAUUAUCCCGACUAGAUAACGCGAUGAUGUGUCGCUGAGAGUGCCGCUGAUUGUUGGAGACACACCUUUAGAAGCAGAGAUUUUUUUCUGCGAGUCGAGAUUUCACGGAACUAAAUUUGGGAUAGUUGUGCAAAGCGGAAGUGUUGCGGCCGCAAACAAAAAAUGACAUCGCUGUUCGCGCGGGUGUUCCGCCAGGCCGCGGUGACCUUCGAGCAGAAGAACGCCGAACGGUUGCUGACCAAUCUGCAGAGUUUACGUGCCCUUAUGGAGCAACUAACGCUGGCCGAUUUGAACCUGGAUCCGGCCGUGGUGACCCCGGAGACGUUCGAGCCGGCCACCAAAGCUCCGUGCACCUUUAUAGAUAUCUACGACAGUGACGCGUUCACGAUGUCGGUGUUUGUCCUGCGGGAGAACUACACGAUGCCGCUGCACGACCACCCGCGAAUGAACGGCCUGCUGAAGGUUGUGGCCGGUUCCGUGCGAAUUCAGAGCUUCUCGGAGAUUGAUCGCCGCGAGGAGCAGGACGCCGACGGGACGGAGCGACGCCACGUACUCGUGAACGUAGAGCAGGAGAAGACACUUGACGCCGGCCAAGGUCCGGAGGGUUGCUGCGGAAUGCUUACGCCAACGGAACGAAACUUUCACGAGAUAACCGCCAUCGGAGGUCCGGCUGCCUUCUUCGACAUCCUCAGCCCGCCGUACAACGCCGACAUCCCAGUGUACGGCAAGCGAGCCUGCUCGUUCUACCGGAAGUUGCUGCUGCCGGGCGACGCCGCGAGUGCCGAUGGCCGCCGAAGGAUGGUCCUGGAGAAGAUUCCCACCCCGAACCAUUACUACUGUGAUACGGAGCACUAUGAGGUGCCGGAUUUUAUGUACGCAACCGGGGGCGAAUAAGUAUUCGAGUCGAAAGUUGUCACCAAGUUCUGUAUUAGUCGCGCCAACAUAGAUACAGUUUUGAAUCAGAGAGCGCAUUUUUCGGUCAUGGCACCCCCUCUCCUCCUACAAUCCAAUGGCGGCACGCGUUGCACGAGUCGACGACGGCGGGAACCAAGCGUCCUGCGGAUCUUUAAGUUAGUUAGUUGUAUGAGCACUUCAAAGAACAGUGUAAAUCACACAAACACACACACACCUGUUAUUUGUAAAUUACAUGAGUUGAAAAUAAAUGCUAAAUCUUACUUUUAUGCUAAGUAUGAAGGUUACCUAAAUAA